UAAAAAACUCUCACCUCACCCAUUUUGGCCAUAUACAUACCUUAACUUAUCAUUGGCAUUGCUUAUCAACUUCUUUCAUCAUCUUCCUCAAUCUACCAUUUUCAUAUUCAAAACACAACUUCCACCAUUUUUUCCCCAUUUUUUCAAUCUUCAACUUUCCUCCAUAGUCAACUCAACACCCUCAUUUCCAUUUUUCUACGUUUGUGUACGGUAUCAUUUAUUUUACUUUUCAACCUUCAAUUUUUCAUUUUCCCUUAAACCAUCAUUAUUAAAUUAAACCAUAAUUAAUACACAACAAAACCCUAUUUCUAAACCACCCAACUUGUCAUAAAAAUCAAUUAAUUAACCUCAUAACAUCUAAACUUUUUAUCAUCUAGUCCAUAAAAAAAAUACCCCUGAAAAUGAUAUGUAUUUAAUUUAAUCUCUCAAAGUUUUAGAUCCCACUUUCAUGGUUUCAAUUAUCUUAUUCAUUAGUAUUAUAUAAGCAGGCCACCAUAUAUUAUACAUCAAAUAAUUAUUUAUUUUAAUUGUAAGUCAAAUAAAUUUUCUUACUCUUUCCAAAGAAAACACCCAAACACACCCUCGUGAGAAACGAUGCAGUCUCUCUCCUCUCCUUACAGUAGUAGUCGUGCGUUAUUAUAUAGUAGCAGUAGUAGUACCCAACUACCCAAACAGAAUAAUAUAAAAAAGAAUCACUAUUUUUGCGAUCUGGGAAUUUUUUUUAACGAAAAGGGUCGCCGGAAAAUGACUACGGAAAAUCAUCUCCGGCAUGUUCAAUCUUUGCCUGUUUUUCCUUCUGGUGCUGGGAAUAUUCCGCGUUUGAAUGCUGUUAUUCUUGGUGAAGCUUUGGCUUCUGAAGAAAAUGACUUUGUUUUUCCUAGUCCGGAAUUCUCUCGCAAUGCUCAUGUUUCUUCUCCUUCUGAGUAUUCGGACAUGUACAAGAGGUCAGUGGAGGAUCCAUCAGGGUUUUGGGGAGAUAUAGCUUCAGAAUUUUAUUGGAAACAGAAAUGGGGAAAGGAAGUUUGCUCAGAGAAUCUGGAUGUGACAAAAGGAACUGUUAACAUUGAGUGGUUCAAAGGUGGGAUCACCAACAUCUGCUACAAUUGUUUGGAUAGAAAUGUUGAGAAUGGAAAUGGUGAUAAAAUUGCAUUGUAUUGGGAAGGAAAUGAUCUUGGUUUUGAUGACAGUUUGACUUACAGUCAGCUCCUGGAGAAAGUUUGCCAGCUUGCAAAUUACUUGAAAGAUGUUGGGGUUAAGAAGGGUGAUGCUGUUAUCAUCUAUCUGCCUAUGCUCAUGGAACUGCCAAUUGCAAUGCUUGCUUGUGCUCGAAUCGGUGCAAUCCACUCGGUUGUCUUUGCUGGUUUCUCUUCAGAGUCACUUGCUCAAAGAAUUGUAGAUUGCAAGCCAAAGGUUGUCCUUACUUGCAAUGCUGUCAAAAGAGGAGCAAAGGUAAUCGGUCUCAAAGACAUAGUAGAUGCUGCUCUUGCUGAAUCAACUAAGAACGGCGUUUCUGUAGAUGUAUGCCUAACAUAUGAAAACAAGUUAGCCGUUAGUAGAGAGAACACCAAAUGGACGGAAGGAAGAGAUAUCUGGUGGCAGGAUGUUGUUCCAAAGUACCCCAGUACUUGUGAUGUUGAAUGGGUUGAUGCAGAAGAUCCACUAUUUCUGCUUUAUACUAGUGGAAGCACGGGAAAACCCAAGGGUGUCGUUCAUACAACUGGAGGCUACAUGGUAUAUACUGCCACAACAUUUAAGUAUACAUUUGAUUAUAAGCCUUCAGAUGUAUACUGGUGCACUGCUGACUGUGGUUGGAUUACUGGACACAGCUAUGUAACAUAUGGCCCUUUGCUCAAUGGAGCUUCCUGUAUUGUUUUUGAAGGGGCUCCAACCUACCCAGAUGCGGGUCGUUGCUGGGAUAUUGUUGAUAAAUACAAAGUGUCAAUAUUCUACACUGCCCCUACACUGGUCAGAUCUCUCAUGCGUGAGGGUACUGAGCAUGUUACUCGUUACUCACGCAAAUCCUUAAGGGUUUUAGGAAGUGUGGGAGAGCCAAUCAAUCCUAGUGCAUGGAGAUGGUUCUUUAAUGUUGUUGGAGAUUCAAGGUGUCCUAUAUCUGACACUUGGUGGCAGACUGAAACUGGUGGCUUUAUGAUAACCCCUUUACCUGGUGCUUGGGCACAGAAGCCAGGUUCUGCCUCAUAUCCUUUCUUUGGAGUUCAGCCUGUCAUUGUAGACGAGAAGGGCAAAGAGUUAGAAGGUGAAUGUAGCGGGUACUUAUGUAUAAAGCACUCAUGGCCUUCAGCUUUCCGUACUCUAUAUGGUGAUCAUGAAAGAUAUGAAACCACAUAUUUCAAGCCAUUCCCUGGUUAUUAUUUUACUGGGGAUGGCUGUAGCAGGGAUAAAGAUGGUUACUACUGGCUCACUGGAAGAGUGGACGAUGUCAUCAAUGUCAGUGGUCACCGUAUUGGAACUGCUGAAGUGGAAUCUGCCCUAGUUUCACAUCCUCAGUGUGCUGAGGCUGCUGUGGUUGGUGUUGAGCAUGAGGUGAAAGGGCAGGGCAUUUACGCAUUUGUUACUUUGGUUGAGGGUGUUCCCUAUAGUGAAGAGCUUCGCAAAAGCCUUGUCAUGGCUGUCCGUAGUCAGAUUGGAGCAUUUGCUGCCCCAGAUAAGAUUCACUGGGCACCUGGACUCCCCAAAACAAGAAGUGGAAAGAUAAUGAGGAGGAUUUUGAGAAAGAUUGCUUCAAGGCAACUUGAUGAGCUUGGAGACACCAGCACUCUUGCAGAACCAGUUGUUGUAGAACAGCUUAUUGCCCUUGCUGACAAAUAGAACAUUCAAAUUUAGAGUUAUUUCAGUGAAUUUUUAAAUGGUGGCUCCGUUUUGGCGCUUUCUCACAGUAAAAUUCAAAUUCUUUUGGGCUGAAGGUUUAGAAGUUCUUGCUAUCAAUCUGCUUUGCAGAUUAUUGCUGGAUUUGUUGUUGUGAUGCUGUCAUUCUUAUAGCCUUUUGUACCAUAGCCGUUGUUCCAUUAUGAUCUAAUAGGGGAGUGAUUCAAUUUUUUCGGUACACAUUUUUGUGCGGAAAUUUUUUUAUUACCAAUUACAGUUUAGUAAUAAAGCUAGUCCUGUAAGGCUUGCAUCUUUUUUGCAAUUAUUGAGAACGAUUGUAAUUGAUCCUUCUAUGUUUGUGCUGUGAAAUGUGAGGGUAAACAAAUUUCAUCAUUUGAUGAUAUUUACAAUUAUUUUGUUUUUCAGUAUUUAAUUGAUACAAAGUUAUGGAAA